CACAGACCAGUCAUUGUAGUAUAGUGACUGUUAGGGUGGGUGCAGGUGUUUGAGGUUAGAGGUGAAAUUCUGUUUUUGCAUCACAGCCUCACUGGCUGCUGUUCACUUGAUGUCACUCUGGGGUUUGAUCUUUACCCUUUAAUGGAGGCCAGCUUUCUCGGAGGUCAGUCAGGUGAUUCAAGAGGAGCAACAGCGACACCGUGUGGUCAAAAACGGACUACUGCAUCAAAGGCUGCGACAUUUCAGGACACUUGGAAAAAGGGAAAACACACACCAAGCGUCAGUCACAAUGUCUUGACGUUGACAACAGACGGCGACAUUAGCGAAAAUUUAACUAUGAAUUAAUAACAGCACGUUCUUACUUUGCCAUCCCACCGCGUACUUUGUUUUGACACCGGAUGAAGUUGUUUUGAGUUUCGGUGCAAAUAAUCGUUACGAGGACCACGAACGCACCAACAUUAUCAGGGACUUCCAAAAUGGCGGAUCCGACGACGUCGCCCGAGGACCACAGCAAGCACUCAGAUGUGGCAUUCAGCGAUGGCGUCUUUGACCCCGGUCUUUUUGCCGACGUCUCCAGGACGGGGAAUGUGGUGUCGAGGGCCAACAGCAUCAGCUCAACAAGUGCCUCCUCAGUACCAAACACAGAUGACGAGGACAGCGACUGCAGGCACGAAACGUCAUACAAGAACUCCUACAAAGAUCGGCGGAGGCAAGCGCACACACAGGCCGAGCAGAAGCGGCGUGACGCCAUCAAGAAAGGCUACGAUGACCUGCAGUCGGUUGUGCCGACAUGCCUGCAGUCUGAAUUUGCGGUGGGAGCUCAGAAAAUCAGCAAGGCCACCAUCCUGCAGAAGACCAUCGAAUACAUCAAGUUUCUUCACAAAGAAAAGAAGAAGCAGGAGGAGGAAGUUUCCCGACUAAGGAAAGAAGUGACUGCGCUCAAGAUCAUGAAAACGAACUACGAACAGAUCGUGAAGGCAUACCAGAGCCAUCCGCAGCAGGGAGAGGAUCAGGUGUCAGACCAGAUCAAGUUCAACAUCUUCCAGAGCAUCAUGGACUCUCUCUUCUACUCCUUCAGCAGCUCCGUGUCAGUCAACAGCUUCCAGGAGCUGUCGGCCAGUGUGAUCAACUGGAUCGAGGAGCAUUGCAAGCCGCUGAUGCUGAAGGAGUUUGUCAUUGGCGUGUUGCGGCAGAUCAACGGGCAGGUCUACUGAUGCGGGUUGUGACGGUACAUGGUUGUGUAUAUUAUAGCUGCGGGGGGGGGGACACACUUGAUGUUUGUCUCAUUUUGACGGUUUGAGGUCAAAUUGUGAUAACGUCUGGUAGACAAAUUACUGACAUUUGCAAAAUCUGACAACAGAUUGUUGAAACACAGGCCUCAGGAUGUUAUCAAGAGCGACACAUUUAAGUGUGCGUGUGUGGAUUUUCUCACUCAGGGCUCACACUCUGCUCAAGAGAUCCAUUACCAGAGUUUUUGGAGGUCUCACUAAAUUGUGCAGAUGUGCCUAAUAAGGCCAGUGAGUGUACAUAGACAAUGUAUAGUCCAUAGUGAUGGCUGAACAACAUCACCAAGAGCAGCCUUGCUCCAACACAAUUCAGACAAUUCUCCAGGACAUAGAGAUUUUCCAUAUGUGAUAACUGUCACUUCUAAGUGUCAGACUACAAGCUCUUGAAUCCCACUAGCCCCCUUCACACUGCAGUCCUGGUAAAUUAGCACAUCAGAGGCGUGACGGUAGAGCCUGCAGGCGAAUGCCUGUCCCGUUCAGAAGCGGGACGUUGCCGUGUCCCUAGUGCAUUCACACGGGCGUUGCAGCUUCCCACAUUAAGAAAAGUAGAUGUUUGGCGAGGUCAGCACAGCGGCUUUGACACACUCAAACUUACAAACUAGCAAUGGUCGGUCCCUGUUACGCCUCUGAUACUCCCUCGCAAGCCGGCUAAUUCCAGAGUUGACUAGAACCCCUCCUAUCCUGAAUCCAUAUCUCGCACACAUCUAAGCGAGCAGGUAAAAGGGUGUUCGGUGGCCAGUGUGUAAGGGGGCAGACUUUUUUGUUGUUGUUGUUGGGGUUUUUUUUGUACUGAAAACUGGCAGGUGAUUUGUAAAUAGAUGACAGGAAGCUAAUUGUACUGAUGACACUUAGUACUUUCAUCAAUCACUACAAAUGUUUUCAUCAGAAAUGACUUCUUUCUUUCAAAUUUCCAUGUUAAAACGCACAAAUGAAAAGCAAGCAGUUCUCAAAGUAGCCAAAUAUUUUAUAGACAAGCAACACAGCAGCCUUCUUUUAUCUAAAGCAUUUGAUAUUAUGCCUCAUGGUGUACCAAAACAAAGACUUCUCACCUCUCGAUUUGUUCUGGUUUGAUAACUGUAUCGUAAACAGACUUAACAAUUUGCCUCUAGCUCUGGUUUAACCAAUGGUGUGCCUCAGGGGUCUAUCCCAGAUCACUCCUGCUCAUUUUGUAUCAAUACAAAUCUAAAUGCAGUUGAUAUUUUUUUUGAGUAGUAUGUAUCACCGCCACUCUAGUCCAGGACUUUGAUGUGUUAGUUGGUUUUGAACUGCCCCUCUCCUUAUUUAUUUUCAGCAAACCAAAACAUUGUGCCCUUAUUGUUUCUUACUGAUUAUAGGCACUGUAUGUUAGCUUUGUUUUUCAAUGUGCUGCUGCUUUCUGUCAUGGUCAGGAUAAUUCCUUAUUUGACAGUCUUUCUUGGUGAAAUAAAAGUUUCUAGAAUAA